AUGAGUGAAGAAAAUGAUGAGGUUGAGAUUGGUGAGAUUGGACUGGAAAAUACAAUGAGCCUAGAAGAAACAACACAAGAACCUAAGGUAAAUAUGAUUUUUAACACAGCUGAUGAGGUGCUUGAUUAUUAUAAAAAAUAUGCAAAUCAAGUAGGUUUUCCAAUGAAGAAGAGAUCAUCGAAGAAAGGAGAUUGUGGGGAGUUGAAAUAUGUGACUUUAUCAUGUUCUCGAUCAGGGAUCCCACAAAGUACUGCAAGCAAUGUCCUAAAGCCAUAUCCAAGCAUAAAAUGCAAUUGCAAGGCUCUACUUAGGGCAGGUAUAUGCUUGGAUGGAAGGUGGAAAGUGAACUCGGUCAAACUUGUUCAUAAUCAUGGAUUGAAUCCAGACGAUGCUCGAUAUUUUCGAAUGAAUCGUGCAAUAAGUUCGUAUAUGAAAAGGAAGAUUGAAGUGAAUGAUAGAGCUGGAAUAAGAGUAAAUAAGAAUUAUAAUUCAAUGGUAGUUGAAGCCGGAGGGCAUGAGAAUAUGUCAUUCAUGGAAAAGGAUUGUAGAAAUUACAUUAACAAAGUUAGAAGAUUACAGCUUGGGGAAGGAGAUGCAACUACAAUUCAAAAGUAUUUCUUGAAGAUGCAAGCUCAAAAUGCAAUUUUUUUUUUGGCAAUUGAUCUAGAUGAAAGUGGUCGGUUACGGAAUGUGUUUUGGGCAGAUUCCAGGAGUAGGGCAGCAUAUGAGGAAUUUGGUGAUGCCAUUACAUUUGACACGACCUACUUGACGAAUAAGUAUGACAUGCCAUUUGCUCCAUUUGUAGGUGUCAAUCAUCAAGGGCAUUCAAUUUUGCUUGGAUGUGGACUGAUUUCAAGUGAAGAUACUGAGACAUUUGUUUGGCUUUUUAAAGUGUGGCUGGCAUGCAUGUCUGGGCAUGCUCCAUGUGGGAUAAUUACUGAUCAAGACAGGGCCAUGAAAAAUGCUAUUGAGAUUGUCUUUCCUAACACUAGGCAUCGUUGGUGCUUAUGA